GAUCAAAAAUUAUUUUAAAAUGCUUUACCUAGACUCAUAAUUCAUGCACAUACUAUGAUUGUUCGUGAAGAUUAACAAAUGGUACUAUAUGUUCAAAGUUUAAUACUGAAAUGCGUUAGUUUGGGUUGUGUUAUAGCGGCUGGAGGCUUAUGGGCUGGUUCCGAAGUGGAUACAAGACCGAAAAACAGGGACGAACAGACUCUAGUUGGUGGGGCGAUUUGGUCCCAAACGCUCAUCCCUUUGGGUCUAAUAAUAUCUAUGGUAGUAGAAGACGGAUUGUAUGUCUUUGUACAUGGCUAUUUUCUCCUUGUAGGAUCUGCGCUAUUAAUUACAACUGGGAUGGUUUUGACUUUUGGCGAAUGGAACAGAAUGAAGAAAGUGCAAAGAAGCAGCAGAUUGCAAGAUGUCCUAAACAUCAGUAAUCAAGUGCUCACAACGGAGUCUUUCGAUAAAAUAUACUUAAGUAUUGGCCUGUUGUGUCUUUUAGCUGGCGUUUUAACAUUUGCUGAUUUAAUUGUUAUUGUUUUAUGA